CGGCGGUCAAGUCGUGCUGGGCCGGCGGUGUUGUCGUGUGGUGUGCGUUGGCUGUCCGCGGGCGAGGACGGCUGUUUUCGCCGAGACGCAGGACUUGAAGUGACGGUGACCCUGGAAGAGUACCGGUUGAGGAAAUGUCGCAGAAAGCGAUGGAGGCCUUCUUCCUGCCAAGAAAGCGACGCAAUCCUUGCUCUAAAGAAGAUCAAAAUCAGAAGCGCAGUGGCGCAAAAAGAUUCAAACUGGAUAGUGCGGCUUCAAGUGCAGGGGUUUCUACGCAGGUUAAAUACCAUGAAAAUAAAGAUACUGUGUUGACGGCUCUUGGAGCCCAUGCAAAAGGAAAGGUAGAUGCAAAAGGAGAGGUGGCCAAGCAGCGUCUACCCAGCAGCACUGCUCCUGACACCUCCGGCUUGGCGGGGCCUUCAAGGGAAGCAACUAGCUCCGAGACGAACAAAGCUCAGUGCGUGCGUGAAGAAAGCCUUCACCAGGGUCUGCUGUCGCCCAAGGCGGUUCAGCGCAGGCUGUUCGCGGACGACAAUGACGCUGAAGGGAAACCUGCCCCAAGGGAACAGGUUCAGAAAAUGGCUCCCUCGUCAAAGGUAACAGCGGGGAUGUCCCCUCAAAAGAUGAAAGAUUCGCUGAAAAGCUGUAACAAGAUAGAUCAGCUCAAGGAAAAGUUGGCAUGUUUCAACAGAGCAUCACUGCAACUGAAGGAAUUCGACGGUAAGAUGCAGAGGGUGGGGUUGAAGGGACAGAGCACGGCUUCCAAAGCCCCUCUUGAAUUUGUGGUGUCAAGCCCAGUGAAGACGCCGAAGAAGUGCGCUCUUUCACCAGAGAAAACUCCGGCCUACGAGAGGUUCCAGCACCUUCUCAGGGAUGCGCCGUCGACGUUGACCCUGCCCUACAAGUUCCGGUUUCUGAAGGAGGCAUUCCACUGCCUGGACACUGUAUCAUCAUUCCUUCACAACAGGAAGGAGAUCAUCACAUUUAAGAAACUGAAGGCAUCUGUGCAGGAAAUGCUGAGUAAGAACUUCACUGAGGCACAGCUGGCCCAGAUCAAGACUGUAUUUCCCUUUGCUUACAUAUUCAGAAGAGAGAAAAACUUGCCAAACCACAAGGUCACUCCAGAUAAUAAGGACAAAUGGCAGCUAACAAUCGAAGUCAACACAAAUUUCGAAUCUGACAUGAAGAUGUCUGCUGCCGGCUUUGGUGAGAAGCCGCCGGCGCACUCCGAAUACCGCAAACUCCUGCCGUCCAUGCUAAUCGAGCGGAGCCGGAUCUUCCAUGCCUCCCUGCUGGACAUCAUGCUGCAGCACCACAACGAGUUCCUGCAGUCUCUGGAGCCGCCUGUCUCGGUGGAGGCCUCGCUUAUUACUCGCUGGCACCCUGACUUCCAGCUGGAGGCUGUGCCGGACGUGGUGGCGGCGCCGCUGCCUGCCCCGCCUGCCGACGAGGUGGGCGGCACCGCUCGCCAGGUGCUCGAGCGCGCCCGCACGCUCUUCAGCCGGUACCCGCACCUGCAGCAGUGUCUGGAGUCGGUGGCUGGCGCCGAGCCAGUGCCGGAGGCGGCCACGUUCGUCACCGAGCGCCGCGCCGCGCUGCCGCUAGAGGCGACGGUGGCGCGCCUGGCGGACAGCAGCCGAAGCGUCCCGGACCCGGACGAGCUGAUGCGACACGUCGAGCUGAUGGCGCAGGAGGCGCCCGCCUUUUUGCAGGUCAUGCGACUCAAGUCCGGCACGUUUCUGAAGAUCAACAGGGACAUGGACGUCAAUGUGGUGGUGAAAGAGCUCGAGAGGAAGGCGCAGAAGGCUUGACUUUGAUAGUGUUUCCAAGCGUCGUGUAGAACGAAAUGCAUGGGGUUUUUCCACUGCUUCGUCAUUGUGGCUAUGCAUCAUCAUUACAUACUCGGCGUGCGCCUUGCGCCCCUCAUGUCUCAGUGCGGAGUUCUAGCUCAAAUACAUUCUUUCCCUGGCA